UUUGAGGGAGCCUGAAAUGACACCCGCCUUUGUUCUGGCUUGAUGGCUUGGUGUGUUUGGUUCAGGAUACCCCAAUCGCCACGUCCCGGGUUCGAAGGCUGGUGAGAGAAGACGAGAAAGAAGAAAUAAAAGCAAAGCCAAUAAAAUAAAAGAGGUAUUCUAAAAUACCUCCCUUUUGAAUUUUGAUGCCCCAAAUAUAAAUUGGUUGUUUUUCAAGCGUUCGCUUACCAAACCCUUUCCUUCCCUUCUCCAGCAAGCAUGACAGAGAGCGAAAGCGCGAGCGACAAUCAACGGCCAUGGCAAUCUUAUCACACUGUGUAUACCAACGCCAAAGCAGGCAUGGAUGGAGUUGAUAAAGAGAAAGUUCAAAGAAUAGUGUACGAGAUGAGCAAAGGAUCAAAAUAUUUCGAAAAUGAAGAGCGAAAAGAGGCUUUUAUUCGGCAAAAGAUAGAGCAUAUGCGAGCUCGAGCUGCGAAGCUCUCCGCCACUGAUUUAUCUCAUUAUCAAAAGGUUGUGGAUAAAAGAAUUUUAGAGCUCGAAGCUACACGUGAGCUUUCUAGGAUUUGGUUACAUGUAGAUAUGGAUGCUUUUUAUGCUGCUGUUGAAACUUUGAGUAAUCCUUCGCUGAAGGGUAAACCGGUGGCUGUUGGUAGCAUGUCUAUGAUUUCCACUGCUAAUUACGAGGCACGGAAAUUUGGGGUUCGUGCUGCAAUGCCUGGAUUCAUUGCUCGUAAAUUAUGUCCAGAAUUGAUAUUUGUUCCUACAGAUUUCAAGAAAUAUACUUAUUAUAGUGAUUUAACUAGAAAAGUUUUCCGGAACUAUGAUCCUAAUUUCAUGGCUGCCAGUUUGGAUGAAGCUUACCUUGAUAUUACUGGGGUUUGCAAAGAAAGAGAAAUCACAGGUGAAGAAAUUGCUGAAGAACUCAGAUCCAGAGUACAUGAAGAUACUGGUUUGACAUGUAGUGCAGGAGUGGCUCCAAAUCGCUUACUUGCUAAGGUUUGCUCAGAUAUUAACAAGCCAAAUGGGCAGUUUGUUUUACCAAAUGAUCGCAUGGCUGUCAUGGCAUUUAUAUCCUCACUUCCUAUUCGAAAGAUUGGGGGUAUAGGCAAGGUCACAGAAAACAUUUUAAGGGGUGUUUUUGGAAUCAGUACCUGUGAAGAGAUGCUGCGGAAAGGCAGUUUCCUCUGUGCGCUAUUUUCUCGCUCUACAGCAGAUUUUUUCCUAUCUGUUGGAUUGGGGCUUGGAGGGACGGAUAUGCCUGAAGCCAGGUUUCGGAAAAGUAUCAGCAGUGAGAGAACAUUUUCAGCAACACAAGAUGCAGCAUUGCUUUAUCAGAAAUUAGCUGAUAUUGCUGAGAUGCUGUCGGCUGACAUGCAAAAAGAAGGUCUUUCUGGACGGACUUUGACUCUUAAAUUAAAAACUGCAUCUUUUGAGGUUCGUACGAGGGCCAUGACUUUGCAGAAAUAUAUUUGCUCAAGAGAUGACGUCUUAAAAUAUGCUUCAAAGUUGUUAAAGGCUGAACUCCCUAUUUCUUUGAGACUGAUAGGUCUGCGAGUGUCUCAUUUCAAUGAAGAUAAGGGUGGUGUUCCUGUUGACCCUACACAAAAAACUCUCACCACGUUUUUAAUAUCAGAGGAUGCUUCUAGGAGAAUUGUGAAUGAUCAUAGCUCCUUGGGUCCAGAUUUGAGUGAUCUUCACUUCAUGAAUGAAAGGGAAACUGCCCUUUCUAUGGACAGCCAUGAGACAUGUCAGUAUGAGUUUGGAAAUCCAUUUGAGAGCACUCAUUUACCAGAUAUGGAUGACAACAAUUGCAUUUCCAGUGAAAAUGCUUGGGAAAUGGAGAAAACUUGUGAACUUUCGAACAACAAAACUGCAGCCAUGGUGAAGACUGCUGAUUGGAUAGUGCCUACCCCAAAAUCUCCUAAAAAAGAAAUAUUACGAGUGUCAGAAGAAGAUUAUUCUGUCCAAAGGGAGUCUGAGGACAGCAACCCUGACAGAUUAAAUAAAGAAACCUCAGGAAAUGAGGAACCUUUUUCAUCAAAUGAGAUGAAACAGUUAUUUUGGGUGGAUGACUACAAGUGUUCAUUAUGUGGGGCUGAAUUACCUUCAUGUUUUGUUGAAGAAAGACAAGAGCACUUUGAUUUUCAUUUUGCUGAGAAGCUUCAGAGGGAGGAAUCUGUUUUAGACUCGAGCGCAUUGAUGCCAAGACAAAGGAUUGUCCCGAAGGAUUGUGUUGCGAGCCAAAGUAGGCGUAAGAAGCAAAAAUCACAAGUGUCCAAAAUCUGCUAUCCGAAUCCCAGAAUUCCGUGCAGAACCCAAACUGUUGCAGUGUCUCAGCUUUCAGUUUCACCACUCCAAUCAUCCUCAAACCAAAUAUCACCGAAAACCCAUUUGAAUACUCUCCAAACAGGCACCAAACCAUAUGAUAGAACUACAAGCAAUGUCAUAAAAGAAGCCACUAUCAGUAAACCAUCCAUGUCUGAUAUAUUGGCCUCCUCUAGAGCUCAGAACUUUGACCUUCAGCUCCAAACUUUAGGACCCUUCUUCAGGAUCACUGCCAAAAGCCUGGACACCAACAGGGAACUUGGAAGAGCUGAGGGGCUGAUAAGGGUCUGGUUUGGAGGUAGAAUACUGCACCUGGAUUCCAUUAGACUCAAGAGAGAAACGCUGGGCAUGGAAAGAUCAAUUUUUGGUAUCGGUUUGUUCAUUGGAGCUGUAGCUAUUCGGUACGGAUAUGACUGCGGUUGCAAGACUGCUGAGUUGCUUGCCAUCAAUGACUCGGAUCUUUACCAUUCCAAGCUCGUUAGGUUCUACAAAAGGAUUGGGUUCAAGGCUGUGCAUGAAGUGACUGGUUCAACAAUUGGGGAUAUGCCCCACAUGCUAAUCUGGGGAGGAAUUGGAACUCGAAUGGAUGCCAGUGUAGAGGAGCUUCUAGUAAAAUGGUGCAGCAGGCUCAAGUCUCAGAAAUGAUUCUGCCACAAUCUGAUGUUUUAAAAACUGAAAAUUUUGUUAAAUGAAACCUAACCAUCCCAAUAUCUAGUUGCCUCGAUGAUAUUAUUUAGCACUGCUAUGAAAUUGUGGUUUACAUUUUACUCUCACCCUCUGAAGUAGAAUCUUGGCGGGCUAAGACUGAAGAGCAGUUUCCAUCGGCAGAUUACAUGGGAUUAGUCCAUAAGGGAAGACCAAGACAGUGCCUCAAAGAGUUUUAUCAGCAGUUAGAAUGCUCGAGCUGAUUAUAGUCAUUAGACCAUCUUCCAAGCAAUUGGACUACAGCUAGUCCUUCAACUAGAUAAUUGAUGCGGCAGCUAAAGUAGUGAUCACUUGUGAAGGGCUAGAAUAUUAUCAAGCUUUUGUGACUAAGAAGGAUAGCCAUGCAUCCUCUCAACUUAGCAAUAAUAAUUGUUGCAGAUUAGAAAGAAUCUUUGUUGCUGUUGAGAGAGCUUCAAAGCUUGAGAGCAAGAGCCAAUCCUAUCCUAGGGAUCUUGUCUAGAGCCCUCGUGUCAAAUUCA